AAAGCUCCGUGUGAUUGGUCGACGGUGGCCAUGUUUGCAUUACAAGCUGUCUGGAUGCGAGCUAGCUAACCGGUUAGCUGUCUGAGGUGCAUUUGCCUCUUUAUUCGGGCUAAAGAAAUUUACCGGACAGCCCUUCCGCCCCGUUAACACCGGCUCACGUCACAAUGCCGGUCCACUCCCGGGAGAAAAAAGAAAGUAACCACGAAGAAAUGGAGGUGGACUUUCCGGAGCAAGACGGCAGCAGCACAGACGAGGAGGACACAGUUAGCUCGUCCGUGUCUGAAGAUGGAGACAGCUCGGAGAUGGAUGAUGAGGACUGUGAGAGGAGGAGGAUGGAGUGCCUGGACGAGAUGACCACCCUGGAGAAACAGUUCACUGACCUGAAGGAGCAGUUGUACAAGGAGCGUCUGAGCCAGGUGGACGUCAAGCUGCAGGAGGUAAUGGCUGGCUGUGCCCAAGAGUACCUGGAACCUUUAGCCAACCUGCAGGAGAACAUGCAGAUCAGGACCAAAGUCGCCGGGAUCUACAGGGAGCUGUGCUUGGAGUCGGUGAAGAACAAGUAUGAGUGUGAGAUCCAGGCUGCCUGCCAACACUGGGAGAGUGAGAAGCUGCUGCUGUUUGACACUGUGCAGAGUGAACUGGAGGAGAAGAUCAGAAGACUGGAGGAAGACAGACACAGUAUUGACAUUACCUCAGAGUUGUGGAAUGAUGGAUUGCACUCCCGAAAAAACAAGAAGAAAGACCCAUUCUGCCCUGUCAAGAAGAAGAAGCCCGUUGUUGUUUCUGGGCCUUAUAUUGUUUACAUGCUGCAGGAUCUUGAUAUUCUUGAAGACUGGACGGCAAUAAGAAAGUUCCUGCGGUCAAGCCUGACAGACAUCAUCAUGUGGCACGCUCCGAGGACGGUCGACUUUUCUAUGACAACCAGUGGUACUGCAGGGGACAGGCCAUCUGCAUCAACAGGAAGGACGAGUACCCGACUAGCGCCAUCAUCACCACCGUCAACAACGAUGAGGUGUGGUUCAAACGUCUGGAUGGCACCAAGUCAAAGCUGUACAUCUCCCAGCUGCAGAAAGGCAAAUACACUAUCAAGCACUCGUAAAAAAAAACAAAAACACACACGUAUACAGGCAAAGACCAUCAUCUCUGCUGUGUUUCUUCAUGUCUCCUUUCCAUGUGGUAUCUCUCUACAUUCUUGCCAUAUGUACAGUCACACAAACACACCUCACGUCACUCUCUCUGUGUAUAUGUAACAAAAAAAAAAAAGCAAAUAUCAAUAUCUUCAGUUAAUCGAAGGAGACAUCUUCUCUGUAAAUAUGUAUGUAUGUUGAUAUUAUUGACAAGGCCACAAAGUGUCAUUUUCUCUGGAACGGAGAUCAAUGCAAAGUGCUGCUAAGAAAAAAAACAAACAAAAAAAAACUAGUGUGGAGAACCGGAGCAGUAGCGAACUGUGAAUCACGGAGCUCAGUCGCGUGCCUUUCUGAGACAAGACAAUGCCUACGCUGAUGGAGGGGGAGAAAAAAAAAAAGUCCUGAACUAUAAAUAUCAAUGCAGUGAAGCCUUACUCUGUACUGUGUUAGCACCAAGAGGACUGAAGCGGGUCAACGAACCAACGAGCACGUGAGAAACCAUGAUCCAGGUGAGGAUGCAGCCAGCGGUGCAUUUGAUUUGCCUCUUCGGACGCACCAGUUAGAUUUGAAAUUUGAUGCUCCACGGAGUCUAAUAAAUCUGUAUUAGGAUCCCCAGGGAGCCCAACUUAAGAUAAUGUUUGAUUUAGUAAAAACAAUUGCACAAGUGUCAAUGUGGACAUGAAGAAUGAUCAAUCAAUUUUGAGUAAAUGAGUAUAUCAUGAACGUAAUGAGCUAAAACUACUCGUCAAGAACACCCCAGGGUUUCUGUUGGCGGAGCUACUGUACUAAAUGAUCUCUUGAUAUUUUGAUGUUUUAGUGUCAUUUUCACCACACUAUAUUUUAAGGUCAAAGCAAGGCCAGCCCCAUGCACUAAGCAAAGCGUAAAUGUUUGAAAUUGUGUUUUAAGCAGAAAGUAAUAGGAGGUGCCCUGUAUAUAGAGAUGUCCUGUCUUUAUUUCACUGUGAUUCUUCUGUCCAUCCUUUUAUCAUGUUGCCAUGUGUCUGAUAGUGCCUAUAACUAAACACUAAAGGUGGGAUCCAGGCUCCAGUUGCCUCAAAUUUGUAAUUCAUAGUGCCAUUGUUCAGUUUUUUUUCUUUAUGCGUACUAUGGUAACAGUAGCUAAAAGAAUUGGUUAUUAAGCCCACCUCUGAAAAAUCAAAAGUAUUUCCUGUUCCCUGUCCUUUCUUCUUGUCUGUGUUCAUUCCUCUCAACUGUCACUUCUCUUUCCCUAUUCCCCUUUAUCUUCCUCCUCGCUGUCAGUAAAAAUGUUCCUCAACAAUGACGUACUAACAGUACAAUGACAAAACAAGGUUAUGGGAUUUUUGUGUGUGUGUGUGUGUACAAUCCAUCCAACAAACCUUCUGUGGGGGGGUCUUGCUUUGUGUUGUAUUUACGGUGCUUUAUAUUUUCAAUACUGCAUACAUAUUCAAAGUAUUACCUGCCAAUAGUAUUGUAAAAAGAGGUGCUUGCAACAAGAUCUCAUAAACAAAAGUGUGACGCCUGAAGUGGCAUUCACUGAGAAGAACCUUUGAAUUUGUGGCAAGUUUUGUUUUACAGUUUCCUUUUUUUUUUUUUUUAAUGAAUUAUGGUUCCUUUUCCACAUUAGAAGUGAAAAGAAAACUUGACAUUGUGCCAAUGCAUGUACAGCUGAUUAAAGGUUUUGUUUGUAUCA